GGGAAGGGUUUGGGCGGUGCACAGCUACAGCGGAAGCGGAGCUGUAGUUGCCAGGAGUGAUGAAGAAGGAGCAGGUGCUGAGGUGUCAGCUCUCGGCCUGGUACCCGCUCUUCAAGAAGCUCACCAUCAGGAGUGUUAUUCUUCAAUUGCCGCAGAAUGUAAUCGAUUAUUUACUGGAUGAUGGGACGCUGGUGAUUUCUGGAAGAAAUGAAGCCCCGAGUUGUUCUCGUGUAGAUGAUGGCAGUGAUGAAGAACAGGAUGUACAGUGGUCAGAUGAUGAGAAUGUGACAACUCUUACGGCUCCAGAAUUCCCAGAUUUUGCAGCAAAAGUACAGGAGGCAAUAAACUCUCUUGGAGGCAGUGUUUUUCCAAAGCUUAACUGGAGCUCUCCAAGGGAUGCUCAAUGGAUUGCAAUGAACAGCUCGCUCAAGUGCAAUAAUCUUAGUGACAUCUUCCUGCUUUUGAAAAGUUCUGACUUUGUCACUCAUGAUUUAACUCAGCCAUUUCUUCACUGUACUGAUGACUCACCAGAUCCUAAAGUAGAUCCUCAACUUGUUCUCAGGAAAUGGUGUGAAUUGAUUCCUGGAGGGGAGUUCAGAUGCUUUGUCAAGGAAAAUAAACUGAUAGGGGUUGCACAAAGAGACCACACGCAGUAUUAUGAUCAUGUCUGUAACCAAGCAGCUAAUAUUCUUGGUUCCAUACUGGAUUUCUUCAGAAAUCAAAUACAGUACAAGUUUUUGGAUGAAGAUUUUGUAUUUGAUGUAUACAGAGACAGUCAGGGCAAGGUGUGGCUGAUCGAUUUUAACCCAUUUGGAGAAGUGACUGACUCUCUGCUUUUCAGUUGGGAAGAGUUGACAUCUGGACAGACCAUCAGUAAAGGGGACCUUAAGGAUCCAGACUCACCAGCCUUUCGCUAUAUCACAAGUGAAAUGACUGUACAGCCCAGUCCCUAUUUAAGUUAUCGGCUGCCAAAAGAUUUUGUGGAUCUGUCACGAGGGGAAGAUGCACACAAACUAAUUGAUUUUCUUAAACUGACAAGAAGUCAAGAACCAGAAAGUUCAGAUGAAGAGGGAUAAGAUGUUUUACAGCAACAAUCUUCACAGGAUAAAUGCAAAGCAAAUGAAAGACUUGAUGUGGACUUCAUUUGAGUUUCUCGGUAUAUAUUGACUGAGAAAAUUUGAAAAGUUGCCUGGUUUCAUCUAGUAAAAGAGACUGAUGUAACAUUAUUGUAAAAAUUAAGAAAUAAAUUGAACAAACUGUAGAAUAACUCUAAAUGAUAACCAUGUGUUAUUGAAUAAGUCUGCAUAUCUAUAAUAAAUUUCUGUAAAAUAAAAUUUUAUAAAUUUGAA